GAUGGAACAACGUCAGUUUUAUUUUUGUUCUGAGGUCAAAGACGUAGAUUUGAGGUGUCCAAUGACCAUUGUGCCACCGUCUGAUGAUCGUUUUGUGGUCCUGUCUGUAGAUUGUCCCCACAAAUGAGCGAAUUUUAUGCUUUUAAUGUAACGAGAGUCGAGUUAAUCUAGUUUAUGGUGUUAAAUAGGCUAUCUGUUGUGCUAUUUAUUUGUGGUUUUGUGAUAAUUAACGAGUGUGAGGGGAGAAAUGGCUGGUAAUCAGGAGCAUCACCCCUUGCCCAGGGAUCUUAUGCCUGACGCAUGGUUCAACGACGAGAGGAUGAACGCCAUGUUCGCGGAGUUCAGGAAUCGCUCGGUGAACCCCCAGGACUGGGACUCCAAGUUCAAGUUCUGGGAUUCUUUUCUGGUUAACUACUUGGGGUACAAUCAACAGUGUACGUUCUCGGUUGUCCAACUGUCCACGGUAUUCAGGAGAAAGGGGAGAACUCCUCUGUGUCUGCCAACUGUCGUGGAAGAGCUCUACCAAAAAGGCGAAAUCAUCACCCUAGACUCCUUCCUGGAGUCUCAGAACGCCACCUGGGCCUCAUGGGCAGUGAACACAAUGGUCAAAAGACCGGUAGUCUGGUCCUUCUCAAAGCUAAAAAACUACUUCAUCCCUAACGUGUCUAACCCAGAUCUAAAAUACAUCCACAUUCCCACGAUAAAAGAGCUAUCCCAGACCAUUCUCAGUCUAUCCAACGACGAGAAGGACCAGAUACUCUCAGUGCCCCAGAUAACGAGAAAAUGUUCCGAGAAGACUGGAAGUAAAAACGUAACAGAAGAAAACGUAAAACUGGCGCUUCUGUGGCUGGGGCGGUCGAAGAAAGGAGGUCUGGGGGUGCCGCACCACCACGAAAAAUGGGAGUGUCUUCUGAAGAUAUCUCCAACAGGUGUUGGCAAUUUAUCAGAGGCUGAGGAGGGCCUUUUCAAGCUGAAGGAGAAUGAACGAAUUCUCUUGGAGAAAAUCGAGAGUCUGGAAAAAGAGAGGAAUGCCCUUCUGGUGAAGGCAAAGGGUUCCUUGGAUAGUGGACUCAAGGAGGUCGCCAAGACGUACAUCAGGAAGAAGAGGGAGCUGGAUAAGAGGAUUGAGAAACAUGCUGGGACUCUCCAGAAUGUUCACACCUUGAUCUCGAGUAUUCAUGAUGCUAGGUCGAAUAAUGAGGUGUUGGAGGCUUAUAAGAAGGGAAGGGACAUUUUGAAGGGAUUCGAGAAGUCUGGACUGAAUGAAGUGAGUGUCAGGGACACUAUGGACGACAUGAUUGAGGCUGUUGGCGAGGUUCACGACGUUCAAUCAACUCUAUCUGAAAAUCUGAAGAUCAACGAGUCUGACCUUGAGCUGGAAGAGGAACUGAAUGACCUCCUGAACUCGAGCUCCAACGACAAAUCAUUCCCUAAAGUUCCUGAUGCAGAACUACCCGAGUUGGAGAGGGAGUUGCAUUCUCUUCUUCUUGAGGACGUUCCAGCACCACCGACGUCCUUCCCUGGGUCUUUCAAGCCUUCAGUGGAAGUUUCAAAGAUUUCAUAAAAGGAGUAAUGAACGAGGAAGGGACAGAGAUAGUGAUAAAUGGAUAGAUUGUGUUAUUUAAGAUAAAUUUUUUUAUUAAUCGACGUUUAACUUAACUCAGUGAGUAUCGAUUCAUGUUUUUAUGUAUUUAACUCUGCCUGAUGAUCAACGAUGUGAAAAUAUAAUGGGGAGUUUUUGGAAGAAAUUUCGUGGUAUCACAAAUCAGUCGUUGCAGAAUUUGGAGAAAUUGCUUCUUCACAUUCUACUUGGGUGUUAAACACUCUGGAAUCGGUUGUCCACGUGUUACCUUGAACAUUAUGUCCUGUAUCCAUGAUAUGUGGAAUGCAACUUCUGUGUA